GCAUCUUUGGUGAUGUGGCUAUGCUCAGCAAUCCAGCCGUGGAGCUAUACCAAAUAAAACGCAGAAACAAGUGUCUUUGAGAAGCACUCAUACAGUUUCAUCCAUAUGUUCAGCCGGCUGGCCCAGGGAGUGAGCACGGUUCUCCACGAGCUCUCUGGAGAAGAGGCCCCUGAUGGAGACCCAAAGGACGGGUUGGCCCCUGAACUCCCUGAUACUGGUGUGGCUCGGCCUCCAGAGGAACAUGGGAUGUCCGAGGACACUCUUGAGAGGCUGGCACACAUGGAACAGCUGGUGGUCGAGCUGAAGGAGCAGGUCAAAGACAAGGAUACCCAGCUGGCCAACACAGAGACUCUGCUCAAGAAUGAAAGGGACACAGCCGAAGCACGGUUCACCAAACUUAAACUGCAGGCUAAGGCCAAGAUGGCCUCCCUCAGCAAACAGAUCUCUGAGCUGAAAGGCCAGGAAGGUGCCAUGAGUCCUAACAGCUCGUUCAGUGCUGCCCCCGGGGCGGAGGAGGAGCUGCAGGAGCUGAGACAAAGGCUGGGCGAGGAGGAGGCUUCCUCUAGGACCCUGCAGGAGCGCCUCCAGACCUCCGAGCAGCUCCUCAGGGAGAAGGACCAGGCACACGCUGAACAGCUCCGAGUGAUGCAGAUGGUGGUGAGCGAGAAAGACGUGCGCUUUCAGGACCAGGUCCAGAAACAUGAGGAGGAGCUGCUGAUGGUCACAGCUCAAACUCUGAAUGACCCGGAGCUGCAACAGACCCUACGUGCUGCCCAGAGGCGGUGUGAGGAGCUGGAGGAGGCCAUGCGUUCACGCUCCCAAGUCCUCGACAUGCUGCAGCAAGAACUCAACAGUGCUGACCAGCAAAAACAGAUCCUUACUUCUCAGUUCCGCCAGAUGGAGCAGGAGCUGGCCGAAGCCACCAGGCUGAGAGAGGAGGAGAAGCUGAAGUGGGCCCAGCAGACGAGCAAGACAGACGCAGAUCUAGUGGCUCUCCGAGCCGUUCAAGACGCCUCUCAGCGAGAGGAACAGGAAGUGAUCCGGUUGAAGAAACUAGCAUCUCUAAGUCUAAGAGAGUCUGAGUUCGAGGCCCUGAAAGCCAGCCUAGAGGCCUCCCAGCAAGAUAGAGAGGAACUGGCCAGCUUGAAAGAAAUGGCUUCUCUUAGAGAGAUUGAGUUAGAAGCCCUAAGAGCCAGCCAAGAGAGCUCGGAGAGCGAGAGAGAAGAACUGUCCAGGAUGAAGAAGCAGAUUUCAGUAAGAGAGGUUGAGCUAGAAGCCCUGCAAGCUAAUCAAGAGGUCUUGGAGGGAGAGAGAGAGAAACUGAAGGAGCUGGUUUCUCUAAGAGAGGAUGAGGUCCAGGCUCUGCAAGCCAGCCAAGAGGCCUCGGAGAGAGAGAGAGAAGAACUGAAGGAGCUGAUUUCCCAGAGAGAUGCUGAGCUGGAAUCCAUGCAAGCUUGUCAAGAGGUCUCAGAGAGAGAGAGAGAAGAACUGGCCAGGCUGAAGGAGCUGGUUUCUCUAAGAGAGGCUGCCCUGGAGGCUCUCCAAGCCAACCAGGAGGCCUUAGAGAGAGACAGGGAACGAGUAGCCUGGUUGGAGAGGGAGCUGGCUGCCCUAAGGGAAGAGCAGGGAGAUGGUCAGAGGGCUGAAGAGGCCUUGGCUGAGCUGUGGAAAGGUGUUCGCUCUUUGGCUGGAGGGAAUGUGGAAGGACCAGGGGAAGAGAGUCAUGUCCCCACCAACCCUGCCCAGUUCCUGGGCACGCUUCAGGCCCUGGAUGCCCAACUAAACAGGCUGAAGGAAGAGCUGAGGGAAAGUGAGGAGCGUUGUAGCUAUGUCACCAACACCAUGGAAACCCUUCAUGAACAACUUGAUAGGAGUACUGCAGAAGGGGUGGAUGCUGUUGCCAGGAUACAACAGCUGGAGCUGCAAAUUGGAUUGAUGUCUGGUGAAACAUCAGCUCAGCAUGUGAUUGACUCGUCUGUGCUGGAAUCAUCUGACGAUGCUAAAGCUCAAAUAUCCGCUUUGGAGCAGCAGUUGCUGGAGAGAGAGGAGGAGUUGACAACCCUGCGAGACCGCCUUGCUGGCACUGAAGAGCAGAACUCUAGGGAUGGACCGGAGACAGAAGGUGAACCGAUUCCAGACCCGAGCCACAGUCACCUCAGGGCCAGCAGUGACAGCCCCACAACCCUGGCAGAGCAGCUGGAGGACUCUACCGAGGAGGAGACCACGCUGGUAGCUGAGGAUUCUUCCAUCUUAUCCAUCGCGGGUGAUAUUGAAAGCAGCCCAGAGCUCAUUGGGCCACAGUCCGAUUCCAAUGGAGAAUCUAAGGGGGCUUCCUCAGACGAGAUGGUGACCAGUAGCGACUCUGAGGUGGCCCACAGCAGCUGGACCCUCCUGGAAGCCGUCAACCAAGAUGGAGGCCAGGAGUGGCCCUCGUUGCUGCAGGACUUUGGGCAGGUGCAGCUGCAGUCCUGGGAGCAGACCAGCUCCGAGCAGGAAACCUCCACAGUCCAGGUUGAGUCCUCGUCUGUGGUCAUCCGUGAGACUGUGCAGGUGCACCUCAACCAACAGGGGGCAGCAUCCAUCUCCGGUGCCGACUCAACCUCUGGCCAGAUGUUUGCCCAGGCUCUAGCAGAAGAGCUCCAGAAAAGGUAUAGCGAGCUGCUGGCUGAGAUCAGCAGGCUGAGAGAGGCAACAACAGAGUCUCAGGAGAAAACCCAGGGCCUGAAUGAAGAGAUCAGGUUAUUGGCAGCUGCCAAGGAAGAAGCUGAGUCCCGGGCCCAAAACUACGAGGAAAAGCUUGAUUUGGCCACGUCAGAGAUGAAUCUGAUGGCCCAGCACAGUGACUCUGAGGUGGAAAAGCAUGGUGUUGACAUACGCCUCCUGCAGGAGCAGCUAGCUGCCCUGGAGGCUGACGCUCAUUCCAAGGAGCAGAGGAUCCAGGUCCUUCAGGUAGAUCUGGAUGAGGCCCAGCAUGCUCUGUCCGAGCAGGAAGGACAGGCCAGGAUGCUGGGCGCCCAGCUGCAGGACAAGGAACUUGCUGCCUCAGAACUGGACCGGUCGCUACGGGAACGGGAAGCAAGCCUGCUGGAAUUCACUCAGGCAAAGGACAUGGCCAUGGCUGCCUUAUCAGAGAAGGAAGCUGAGAUCAGGGAGCUGCAGGGACUUCUUACCCAGAAAGACCAGGAGAUGAUGGAACUGAGCGACGGGAUGUCGACCAAACUAUUACAGGCAGGGGAGGAGAAGUACCAGAUGAACGGUGAAAUGAAAAAGCUCAGGGACCAGAUUCUCGAGUUGGAGAAUGCAAGAGAACAUCCAAAGACAGUUAUGGGAGAGCACGACACAGAGGAAUCUAGCGAGCUCGCUGGUUUACAAAAGGACAAGGAUGAGCUGACCACCCAGCUAUCCACUCUAAAGAAAAAGUUCCAGGUUGCGAUGAUACAACGCAAAGAGCUGAUGAAAAAGGUAGAAGGUUUCGAGAAGAAUGCAGACAAAAACAUGGGGGGCACACCAACGGAGGAGACUCCAGCCAAUAUAUCAUAUUCCGAAAAAGACAUUGAACAGGAAAUUCUGAAAAUGGAGGCAAUGCUAGAGGAGACCAGACAAGCCUUAAAAAACAAAGAAACGGUCGUUGAGACUCUGGAACAAAGAAAUAGUGAGAAGGAUCAAGCAUUGGCCGUGGCACUCUCUCUCAACCUAAAACUGAGCGAGGAAAUGGAGCAAAAUCAGCUGGCCAACACAGCCGCUACAAUCCUGGAGCUGCAAUCCCAGGUGUCCUCUCUGGAGGCGGAGUCUGAAUCACUACAGAAGAAACUCCUGGAUGCCCAGGAGGCUCGAAAGGACACCAUUCGCAAGGCCAAAGAGAAGGACAGGCACCACCGCGAACAGCUGAAGCAGCAGAAGGAUGACUGCAACGAGUUACUGGAGCGUUUCGAGCAGCAGCAGGUAGAGAGAGAGAGCCUGCUGCUCAGACUGAAAGAGCUGGAGGAGCUGUCUGAACAGAAGGAGAGGAGUGCCAUGAAGGAGGCGCAGCCAGAUCACGAAACAAAGGCUGAGAAGAUAGAAAAACCAUCUUCGGGUGACUGGGUCCAGCAAGACUGGGUGGAUUUCGCUGCACCCGAGAAUGAAGCACAACAACAGGAAUCUGGUCAAGCGAUCCCCGAUACUGAUAAAGACACCCAGCUACUGUCGGCAGAGAUGGAAGCACUGAAAAAGCAGGUCCAGGCUACAGAGAUGGCUUGCUCAGAGUUCGAGGAGCAGCUGCAGGAAAGCCAGGCCGGCCUGGCACUGAAGGAGAGCGAGCUCCUGAAGCUGGGAGAAGAGCUGGAAGCACUGAGACAGAACGAGAAACAGAUCGACUCCCUCACCGAGGAGAUUGAGGCUCUGAGAGACCGGUGUCUCCAAGCUGAGACUCACGCGGCGGCUCUGAAGGCAGAGUUGGAGGCAGCGGCUGAGGAAGCCGCCUCGUACUCGGGGUCCUCCAUGAACACACUUCAGGCCGAGGUAGAGGAGUUCAAACACUUCCUGGACCAAAAGAACACUGAGAUCAUGGAGCUUAGCCAGCAACUAGGUGAGCAAAACUCCCUUCUACACUCCAUGCAGGACACAGUUUCUGACAAGGACCAGCUGAUUGUCUCCUUGAAGGAGAGCCUGAGGGCAGAGCAGGAGAAAACCCAGAAGCUGGAAGCCGAGUUGCCUCAAAGGCAGGAGGAGGGGCAAGGCAGUGAGGCCAAGAUCCAGCAGCUACAGAGGAAGCUUCAGGCUGCCCUCAUCUCCCGCAAAGAGACCCUCAAGGAAAACAAGAGCAAGAAAGAGGAGCUGGCGUCCUCUGAGAACCUCAUAGCUGAGCUUCAGCAGAAGAUGGAGGCCAGGGAGGCAGAGCUGGGGAAGCUUCGAACCGAGCGAGAGAAACUGAUAGAGGAGGUUGAUCGCACCCUACUAGAGAACCAGAGUCUUGGGGCCUCCUGUGAGAGCCUCAAGCUGGCGAUGGAAGGUAUGAUCACAGAGAAAGAUGCUUGUAAAAGAGAGGCCGACUUUGCCAAGGAGGAGGCUUCCAACGUUCGCCGGGAAUGGGAAGAGAAAGUUCAGGGAAUGAAGGAUGAGUACGAGACUCUGCUGAAGUCCUAUGAGAAUGUCAGCGAUGAGGCAGAACGUGUGAGACGAGUGCUCGAAGCCGCCAGGCAGGAGAGGCAGGAGCUAGCAGCCAGGAUCAGGACCCAUGAGGCGGCGAGGCAGGAGGCUGAACGGCAGGCAGAGGCAGCCCAGAAAGAGGUGGACUCGGUCAAAGACAAGAUGAGAAAGUUUGCGAAGACCAAGCAGCAGAAGAUCAUGGAUUUGGAGGAGGAGAACGAGAGGCUCAGAGAGUUGGACGAAAAAAAGGGAAUCAGGAGGGAGGACAGGGGUGUCAGUGUGGAGCUUGCGAAUCUAAAAGGUCAGGUAGAGAGUCUGAACACAGACCUGGAAGCUACCAAGGCGGAGAGAGACUCAUUAGAACAGCAGGCAACUGAGUUGAGGGAGCAGCUAGCUCAAGAGUUAGAGAAAGUGAACAGUCUAACUUUAGAUAUGACCCCCGGUCCUGAUGCUGUUGUGGAGGAGGCUAUUGUUGCCCAGCAGCAUGGUGGUGUCAUGGCUGAAUAUACCCAGGAGCCUGUAGUUGAGAGUCAGGAACCUGAGGAAGUAGAACAACAGACUGAAGAUACAGAGUCUGAGCUUGUAGCAGCUGAGACUCAUGUUGAUGAUGAGAAGGUAAAGAUGGAAGCAUUCGAGAGUGCACAGGCUCUCUUUGAAGAUAAAACGAGGGAGAUGGAAGCAGCUCUACAGGCAGAAAAAGAACAGAGACAAGAUCGUGAGGCAGAACUUGUGGCUAAACUGGCCACUCUGGAGCAACACCUUCAGCAGAGCGAAGAGCAGGAGCAAAGCCUAAGGGAGGAGAGCUCCAGAAUGGAAGCCCGGCUCAAAGAGCUGCACAGGAACCUGGAGGCCGAGAAGGACGACCUGGAGGAGCGUCUGAUGAACCAACUGGCCCAGCUCAACGGCAGUAUCGCUGGCUACCAGCAGGAGGCAGCAGACAGCAGGGAGCGCCUGGCCGAGCUGCAGCGGGAGGUGGAGCGGCUGGAGAGGGAGCAGGCCGAGCUUGAGGCCCUGGCCGAGAACGAGAGGGACCGGGCAGCCAGACUGGAGGAGGACAAGCGGCAGGCUCAGAGAGAGAGGGCGGAGGCGGAGGCGGGAGCGGGGAAGCAGAGGGAACUGGAGCAGAGGCUGAAAUCUGCCCAGAGGGUGAAAGAGGGCAGCCAGAGCCGGGCACGACAGCUUGAGGAACUGCUGAGGGAGAAGCAGCUCGAAGUGCGUCAGAUGCAGAAGGACUGCAUCCAGUACCAGGAGAGGAUCAGCGAGAUCGGCAAGGACGCCAAGGCUCUGCAGCACGGCCAAGAUGAGCUGAGUGGCGAGCUGGAACGAGCCCGCCUGGAGACCUCCAAGGCCCUGGAAGAGCUGAAAAAGACAGAGGGCGAGCUGUUGAGUUGCAGAGCCCAGCUCGUAGAGACCCAAAGACAAGCCAGUCAAGCCGUGGCUGAAAAGGCGGCCUGCGAGCAGACUGCUCUCCAGAGAGAAGCGGACAUGAAAGCCGAGGCAGAGCAGACGCUCGACUCGGUGAGGUUCCGACUGGGGGCGGAGCUAAAGCAGGCGGAGCUGAGGCUGGAGGACUCCUACAGGGAGAGGGAGAGGGAGGAGGAGGCCACCCAUGAAGCCAGGGAUGUAGCCGAGGGCGCCGAGAGACAGGCCCACAAGCUGCAGGCCCGCCUCGACGAGUCUCUGGCCCGGCUGGCAGCCUUCUCGCGCUGCAUGUCCUCCCUGCAGGACGACAGAGACCGUGUGCUUGACGAGGCCAAACAAUGGGAGAGUCGUUUCAAUAGCACCCUCCAGGGGAAGGAGGCUGAAGUACGUGAGGCAGAGACCCGGGCCAAGGAUCUGGCCGAACAGCUGCAGAAAGAAACUGCCCAGAAAGAAGAGCUGCAGCUUGCAGUGGACAGACUGCAGAAAACAGACGAGCAAUGGCAACUUAAGUGGGAAGAAGAAGAAAAGAGGUUCCGGCAGAAUCAAGCAGCACUGGAGCGGGAGAGAGGGGAGCUGCAGCAGGCUCUUACCCAGGCGGAGAGCUCUCUGACGGAGGCACGUGCCCAGCUGGACUCCCUUGAGAGUGAGGCCGAGGGGCUGCGGCGCAGGGCCCAAGCACUGGAGGAGGCCGUGGGGAGGCUGCAGAAAGAGGCCAACCAGGCCAGGGCGGAGCUGAGGGAGAAGGAGGCUGAGGAGAGGAGGCUGGGGCUGAGUGUGGAGCAGCUGGAAACUGACCUGCGCUCCUCCAAGGUCCUCACAGAGACCCUGCAGACUGAGCUGAGCGAGAAGGAGAGGAGAGAAGUGGAGCUGCUAGGGGAGAAGGAACAGGCUGUGGCACAGGCUGCCGAGGAGGCUAGGAGGGAGGCUGACGGGAGAGCGAAAGAGGCCGAGAAGGAGCUGGAGGAGAGGAGAGAGGAGGUGCGUGUUCUGGAGGACAGACUGAGGAAGGCCGAGGAGGAGAGCAGCCACAGCAAAACCAGACUGGACUCCUUCACUAAAGCGAUGGGCUCUCUGCAGGACGACAGGGACCGUGUCCUCAGCAUGUACAAGCAACUGGAGGAGAAGCACCUGCAGGUCAUGAUGGAGAAGGAUGGGCUGAUACAGGAGGCAGCAGGGGAGAACAACAGUCUGAAGGAGGAGCUGAGAGCCCUGCUGGUCCAGAGAGACGACCUCAACGCUGAGAAGGCCAAGCUGUCGGCCCAGCUCCACGGCUAUAGGGACGACCUCAACCAGGUGCUCAGCAUGAAGGAUUCCCAACACAAGCAGCUCCUGGCUGGCCAGCUCGAGCGCAUCGCUGCCCUGGAGAGGGACCGAGAAGAGCUGGAAGCCAAGCUGACGACCCUGGACAGAGGGGUGCAGUUGGAGGGUGAGGCCCCGGCAAGCAGACUGGAGUUGGAGACCCUCAGCAAGGCUGGUGACGAUGGGGGUCAGAUGAGAGACGCCCCUGGUGCAGAGGUGGAGAAGCUGAGAGAGCAGCUGCAAGCAGCCAGGGCCCAGGUGGAGGCCCUGGAGGACAGCCUGCAGCAGGAGAGAGAGACCCAGGCCACCGAGACCAAGGAGCUGAACGAGCUGCGCUGGGAGGGAGGAGUGAUGCGUACAGAGUCGGAGACGGCCCAGGAGAGGGUCGCGGAGCUGGCCAGAGACAUGUUGAUGCUGGAACAGAUGCUAUUAGGUGAGAAGGAACGAUCAGCCCAACUCAAGGCCCAGAACCAGUCCUUCGGGCAGGCCAUGGCGUCCUUGCAGGACAGCAGAGAUCAGGCAGUCAACCAGGCACAGGAGCUGGCUUUUAGACUGGAGGAGAUGAGCAAGGCAGCGGGCCAACAAUCCCCCACCAGCCCAGGAGGUUCUACUGGGGAGGUUUGGGGACUGAAGAAUGCACUGUCAGCCCUGCAGAAUGACAGGGAGAGACUGUUGGAACAGCUGCAAAAACAGCAUUCGGAGCUUGCCAGACUCGGAGGGGGAGAUCUGGCUAAACUGGCCGAUGAUCUUGAUGAGGAGAGGUGGAGGGCUAGGGAGAUGAUGGCCCGGAUCCAGCAACAAGAUGAUCUGCUGGAGAGAGAGAAACAAGAACUUGAAAUUCUCCAGCUGGAGCGUAUAGACUGGCAGGCCCAGGCAGAGCUGCUGAAGCAGCAGACCCUUGCCACCCUGUCCGAGCGAGACAAGCAAGUCCGCCAGCUCACUGCCAUGCUGGAGGAGGCUCGCACGCCCAGGCCCAACCUGACGGAGGAACACUACCAGAGGCAGGGACCAGGAGAAGUGGACAGUGCUCCAGGGGCCCCUCAGGAACGUGGAGGCUCCACUGAGAACCAGGACCUGAAGACUGAGUUCAAGGAGCUACAGCGCAGACUUGAUGAGGAGCAGGAGCAGAGGCUGGUGGUGGAGGAGCAGUUGAUGGCUGCUCAGGAACGUCUACAACGGUACACGCAGGGCGAAUGGCAAUCGGGACAUGAAGGACAGUUCUCUGAGACCGCCGUACUCAUAGAGCCUCAAGGAGGCACCGUCUCUCGCUCACGGAGUGGUGGCCCGGGCUGGAUGCGGAUGGUGCGCGGGUUUCUCUGCUCCCGCCAGCGCACCCCCCUCCUGGUGUCCUUCUACCUGCUCACUGUGCAUGCCUUGCUGCUGCUGUGCCUGGGGGGUUACCUCUGAGAGACCUGCCCCAUCCCAGACCAGGAGAGAGGAGGGAAGGAGACCAAGCAUACUUAUGACACGUACAAUAAGACUGACUGACCCUUAUUUAGUGUUUCAUUGAAUACCUUAACAUACUAGUAAUCCCGACUCCGCCCAUGCACUUUUUAUACAAAGCACUAGACAGAAAUCAGCCUUUUUAGCCAAAGUAAAUUGUUUUAUGUGGGCUGAUUUUAUUUAAGUUUCUGUAGUUUUAUGUUCCACUUUAAUAUUGAAUGUUGUUCAAAAGCAGAAGUUGGUCACAUUUAUGUCAAAUAAAAAGCAGCAGAGCCCUACCUCUGAGGCCUAGUUAGUUUGGACUCUAUAAAGGUGAAUGGGUACGUGGCUUUAAUAUACAUUACCUGUAGGAACUGAUUAGGCAACAUGUAGAUCCACACAAUAGAUUUUAUCAGCCAGAUAACAUCGUUGUAGGUGCCUUUAGAUUUGAGACAUGAGGGUUUUUUUAUCUCUGGGUGGCGUGGUGUUCUGCAUCUGUGGGUACAGUAUGCCAAUAGAAUCUCCUUCUCUCACUCUCCCACCUGUCCGCAUGCAGAACUGACACAAAUGGAAACGUGUGCAAUGUGUUAUGACCGAUACAUUCCGACCGAUCAUGGGAUUUGUCUUUUUGUUUUCCACUUUAUACCUUCAUUUAACAAAGGAACAGUGGUGGCUGAUUAGGUUCAAGGUUAUGUUGUGGAUGUGUGCUGGACAUGGGUGUUCGUUGUGGUUACAAUCCGGGUCUCUGUCAUUCCCAUAUGGGUGUUCCUUGUUUUAUGGCUAAUCUACCACAAGCUUCUUUGCCAUAGAAGGUGCAAUGAUGUUACAGUUUAGGACAAUUUAGUGAUUAUCUUUGGUUAGUAUAUCAUGUCCCACCCUAUAAUUCUCUGCUGUAUCACUUAUUUAUUGCUCACAGUCACUACAGUACAUGCAUAGAUGUACGAGCUCCUUCUCAUAAUUUAACUUCUGGUAAACUGAUGACUACUGUUAUUGUCCUGUCACGCUUCACGUUACUGCUAGUCCCCUAACUGUAAUAACCUACUGUAAAUGAAUUACCCCUAUUAAGGGCUGUAUAGAAUGAACUGUGAUGAAGAUGCUUAUGGUGGUUAGGAAUUUUUAAUUACAGCCCUUGGAAGACCAGGAGCAGAUUGAUUACGUGUUUGCACCGCCCCACUUUAUAAUAUAAUGGUAUGUAUGUGAAUGAAAUUAAGUGGAAACAUAGAUGUUGAUAAAGGGAAAAUUACUUGACUGUUGAGUUUUGGAUGCGUCUGAGGGAAAACGCCCAAGUGCAAACACCUAGUAAAUCUGACCCCAAGUGUUGAAUCUUGUAUAACCAUCAAUGUAACACCUGGAGUUUGUUCUCUUGGGCUAAUUUUGAAAUAAAGUUUCCCUUUAGGGAAUCACAACUGA